AUGACGAUACAUGGAGCCUUUGGGCAUACGACCUCUGAUGGUCCGGGCGACACUUUGCCCGGAACUGCGGAAGCAGAUCCCCCUGCCUCAACCCAGACGGCUGAGGUGCUUUCCACGGAUGGGCCGCCCUCUUCUUUGCCUACACCUACCCUGGAGGAGGCGGAGGACUUCAACUAUGUGCCGUGGAACUUUUCGCAGCUCACCGAGGCGGAACUCUGGCAGGCGUCCGCAUUUUUCGAAGAUUGGUUGGGAUACGACAGGCAAGAGUGGCUCGACUUUUGGAUCACUUUGCGGCAUUCCCAAGGGACUUCAUCUACUUUGCACCCUGCUUCGGAUGGUGCUGAUGGGUCCACUACGGAUGCUCCCCCAGAUCCUUUGCCGUCCACGACUUCUACAGAUUCGUCCCCUCCUUUACCUUCGUCGGCAGCUUCGGGGAAUGCCACAACACAGGACGGCAGUUCUUUGCCGCAAGCCUCGGCAUCAGCAAGCGGCGAUCGGCCGCGUACUUUGCCUCACAACCAGCGCAUAUUCCGCACGGAGUGGGGCGAAGAUCAGUUGAUCCAACGGGCAACGGUAUUUUGGUGCCGAGAGGGCUGCACCAGUGAUGGAUUCUUUAUCCCCGAGAUCUACGGUGCAGCAGUUGGCCACAGCUUUGCAGUUGUCGAUCCCAGUCUCGAUGCUUUUCUCACGGCCAAAGGGUGGUCGCCGGACGCUGAAGAGAUUCCGGUCAUCAGAAUGUUGUGGGUGCAAGCACAUAAAGUCUGCGUGACUUUGAGAAAGCAUAUCCCUCUGAAGUUCUUGAUGACACCAACUUCCCGAGUGCACGCCUACUUUCCCUUGCUUACACUCAAAGGCAAAUCGGACUGGAAAUUCAUUCCUUGGAAGCACAGACUUUCGAAACUUCAGGAGGAGGACUAUCACUCGGCUCGUCCCAAGAAGAUGGCGAAAUUUGAGAGCUUUACAGACGUCCUUUACGACGACGUGCCCUCACGCAACAUCGGUGAGAACAUGGGGCUGUACGGGAUCAGCAAUUUACUUUCCAUACAUUCCAACGCCAUUGCACUCGCGGACAUUGCCCAUCUCGCUACUUUACGUGCCUAUGAGCGUAAGUUCUUGAAACAUGUCCAAGCCCGAACAGAUCCCACUUUGCGUCCACCGAACGCACAGGAGUGCGAAGCGGCUGAUCGACGAUGUUGGGAGGUCGUCGGUCAGCUCAGGCAGGAGGGUUGGUCGGUUGAUGAUGCUUUGCAUGAGUUCACUGAUGUUCGCGCGGAGCUCGUUGCUUUGCUCGCUCCCCGUCUUGCUCCUUUCAAAGGGAAGAAAGGAGAUGGCAAGGGCGGAAAAGAACCCUGGAAGGGCCAGCCCCACAAAGGGGGUAAGGCCACGGGGGGCAAAGGCGGUGCAGGUGCUGGAAAGGGCAGGUCGAACUUUACCAAGGGCACCCAUGCGUUUGAGUGGGCGAGCAAGGCGAAGAUCAAUGGGGAGCAGAAGGUACUUUGCAUGGCAUACAGUACCCACAAAGGUUGUACGUCUGCCAAUUGCAAGUUUGAGCACCUUUGCCCCGUGAUCUUGGAAAAUGGUAAGAUUUGCCUUCAGAAGCACCCUGCUUACCAGCACGCACAGAAGGCAGGCUCUUGA